GACCAUGCGGUUUCUGAAACUCAGACCAGGGCCCGGCUCCAGAAUCCACCGCCGGCCUUCAGCCGGUGCCGCACCACUAAUACUCUGGACGCGAGCCAUAUUACCUCGGGUGCAAUUUCCUACCCUGUCUAGCCAGCAACACCAACACCAGACACCGAAGCACAAAAAUCAAAAGCAAAUCAAGAGCAAAAGCAAAACAAAACAAAACAAAAGUCAAAAACAAAAACAAAAACAGAGCCAAGAACAAAAACAAAACCAAUCCUAAACCAAUCCCUAAACCUAUCCCAAAACCUAUCCCAAAACCAAAACAAAACCAAUCCCUAAACCAAUCCCAAUCCCAAAACAAAACCAAAAUCAACACCAACAGCCGUUUGCCGUGCGUGGCUGGAAAUGUCCCACCCUGCCAGAGGCCCCAGUGUCACGUGGUAUCCGCCAUGUCGUCAUCCCUCACGUGGCAAGGGAAAAAGCUUCCGUACAGGGAGAGUUUUUCCCUUCUCUUUUUUUCCUCAAGGGUUUUUAGAGGAUAGUAGUAUUCUAAGGAUCCGAAGUGCCGU